AUGCCAAUUCUUUCAUAUUUGUUAGGCUCGCUGGCCGGCGUGAACCCAAGAGACACCAAGACAACAACAGCCCCCACACAGGCAUCAUCCACCCCAAUAGGAGGGCCGACUUCACCAUCGAUCACACCAACAUCCACAUCACCAUCAUCAGGGCCACCAGGAGGCACCCAACAAGACCCCCCACCCCCCUCGCAAACCCUCAACCUCCGAGACCACUACCUCUCCCGCCGCUCCCUCCGCCAAUUCACCCUCUUCGCCGCCGGCACCACCUUCUUCUACCUCUCCGUCCUCAUCUCCCGGCGCGCCGUCGCCCGACACAAACUUGCAGCCCGCCUCAAAUUCUACGAACCCAACCACCAAUCCACCUUUCACAGUCUCGCCGCCCUGGGGAAAGAGCCCCCCCCGCUCAAGAAGGAUCCCCUCGUGGCGUUUGAGGCGCUGAAUCUGGCGACGCUGAAUACCAUGGCGUUUGCGGUGAUGGCGGCGGGCGGGGUGUCGUGGGGGUUGGAUAUUGCGGAUUUGGAGGAUUUGAGGAGGUAUGCGAGGAGGACGGUGGUGCAGGUGGGGGAGGGAGAGAGGGAUGAGGAGGCGGAGAGGGAGGUGGCGGAGUGGGUGGCGAGGACUUUUGGGAUUGAGGAGAGGAAGAAGGGGGAAGAAAGCGGAGACGGGGAGGGGGAGAAUGGGGGUGGUGAUGGGGGUAGUGGGAAGGGGGGUUUGGAGGAAGGGAAAUAG